UUCUAGAUUCUAGAGAUAUCUACAAUCUAGUAAUCUAGUUACUAGAUUCUAGACCUAUCUAGAUUUAGAUUUAUAUCUUAAUCUAGCUCUAGAAUUAGUUUACAAAGUUAGUAAGAUUAAUCUAGAUGAAGAUCUAUCACAGUAUCAGUUACACUACUUACAGUAUCAUAUUAAUAUUAUUCUAGAUCUAGACUACUCUAGUCCUAGACUCUAGACUAGUCUACUAGUCUACACAAUUUUUAGGUCAACUACAAUACUACAAAUUGAAUUACUUAUUUACUGAAUUAGCCUUAGUUUUCUUAGGACUAGGAAAUAUGGAAAGUGUGCCAGAAAAUGCACCAGAGCAUUGCCCUGGAACACAAAGUGAACUAGCAGGUAAAGCCAGUGCUUGUGAGGGCUGUCCCAAUCAGGGAGUCUGUUCAUCUCUUCCAAAACUUGGACCGGAUCCAGCCAUCGAGGAGAUACGUCAGAAGCUAUCAAAGGUUAAACACAAGAUACUUGUACUGUCAGGCAAAGGUGGUGUGGGUAAAAGUACAUUGACAGCUCACCUGGCUCAUGCUUUAGCUACAGAUGAAAGCAAGCAGAUUGGUGUCUUAGAUGUGGACAUUUGUGGACCCUCCAUGCCCCGUAUAAUGGGGGCUGAAGGAGAGACUGUUCAUCAAAGUGGUUCAGGCUGGUCACCGGUUUAUGUUCGGGAUAACCUCGCUAUGAUGUCUAUUGGUUUCUUAUUAGGAUCUCCUGAUGAUGCUGUAAUAUGGCGUGGCGCUAAGAAGUCUGGCAUGAUCAAGCAAUUCCUCCGAGAUGUUGAUUGGGAGGAACUGGACUACCUCUUGGUAGAUACACCUCCUGGGACAUCUGAUGAGCACUUGGCUUUAAUACAGUUUCUAUCAGGUGCAGGGAUUGAUGGUGCUGUCAUCGUCACCACCCCUCAGGAAGUGUCCUUGACAGACGUCCGAAAGGAGAUCAACUUCUGCAGGAAAACAUCACUACCCAUAAUUGGCAUCGUAGAAAAUAUGAGCGACUUUAUUUGUCCGAAAUGUCACAAAUCCUCUGUUAUCUUCCCACCCACUACUGGUGGAGCACUAAAAAUGGCAGAAACCUUGGGAGAAAAAUUCCUUGGCAGUUUGCCACUUGAUCCAAGAAUAGCAAAGUGCUGUGAUGAAGGAAAGUCUUUCAUUGAAGAGGUUCCUGACUCUCCGGCAGUGACAGCUUUUAUGAACAUUGUAGAGAAAGUCGUAUCAUACUGUAAUGAGUUUGUUAAAAAAACAGAAGCUGAAACAGGUGAGGCUAUGGAUUUCUCAUAAACAAUCUUGUCUUUGUGGUAAAAAAAAAUGAUUACAGUAUGACCACAUCCAGUUCUCAUUUCAUUUUUGUUUUUAAACAUGUAUUUCACACUAUUUGUGGUUAAAAUAAAUAUAAUUACAAUAAGAUAAUCUAAAAUCCUCAUUUAACCUAUUUCAUACAAGUAUAUUAUUGUGUUUUGGAAUCUAUUGUUGUUACUUCAGUUAUUUUUUUUUAUAAAGAUAAAUUACAAUUUUAAUUAGAAAGAGAAAAGGAAAAAGUCUGACAUAAAAAUAAAUGCAAACUGCUUGAACAGACUUUAGAAAAGAAGAACAAAUUAAAAUUGCAGAAUGAGGCUUUGCAUUAAUUUUUUGUAGUUGCUUUAAUGGAAGUGAUUAUGAAUGAACAAAGCUUGUUUUUAAAGGACUAGCUAAAUUAGCAGACAUGAUGGACUGUAACAUGAUUCACCUUUUCUUGAUUCAAUUGCACCACACUUUUUAACAGUUCUGUUGCAUUAAAAAUCUUUUUUUGUUCAUAUUACAAAUACAGAUAUAUUUUUUAUACAGUCAAACUUCUUACUUGAGACUAAAAUAACCAAUAAAUAACCAUAGAAGUUUCACAUAAAUUUUAACUUAUACAUCCGGGCAGGUUGUCAUUUUUAUUAUUUUGCUAUAGUUAACUUUCAAUUUUGUAAUGAGAUGAUGUUGUAUUGGUAACCUAGAUUUCUAGUAUACUAGAUAAAAGUUGUUAAAGGCAACUCACAUCUUUAAACACAGAGUUCUUAUUGUUUUCAUUGAAAUUGUAUUUGUAAAUAUUCUAUUGAUUUUCAUGGAAAAUUGUAUCUAUAAAUAUUCUACUGAUAGUUAAAUUUACUGUGUCUAUUCAUGAAAAAGAUUUUAAUUGAAUGCACUUAAUUAAAUGAAAAUAGUUUCAUCUAGCCCCACUAAGAAGAGCUAAAUGAAUAAAGUAAAACGUAUAGGUUCCCUUACAGACCUUGCAAUCCAUGGGGUAGAUGCUGUAAAGGUCAUCUGUUUCUAUGGCCAACGGUUAACAAGCAGGGUGUCAUGUGGCCAGCACAACGACCAACCACCUUUACUUUCUCCAACUAAAGUCAGGUACCCAUUAGAGUUUGGUUGGACUCAGGGUCGCCCUAAAAAUCCUGAAAUUCAAAAUCCAGUCUUCGCAGAGAUUAGAACCCAGAACCCCAGGUUCUGAAGCCAUGCACUUAACCACUCAGUCACUGCGCCCCCUGCUAAAUAAAUAGCUUUUGUUUUUCUUUAUUAUCACUUUCAAAUUGUUUAUUUCUAAUCCUAAAAUAAUGCUACUCAACAAACACAAUAAAAAAAGAUAAUACAAUUUUAAAGUUUAACAAGUUCAGCAUCAUCAUCCUAUGUCCCUUAAUUUGUGUCAUGGGUAUUCUACUACUAAAUUUGAAAUGAUUCAUAACUUUCAUGUUAUUAAAUAUCAUGUACUAAAUUUGAAAUGUUACACAUUA